AUGGCAAGCCCCGGGCCCUCGACGACAACGGCUGUCGACACACAUGCCAAAGAACUCAAUAUUACCACUCUCUACUUGACCUUCGAGACAGCACUCCCCAGUCCUCUGUUCAACCAGAAUACUCACCCUGCCACCCCAACAAGCAGGGUUCCCCAACCACCCGACCUGACGCCCUAUGCUGAUCCUCGAACUUGGGCACCACAUCGCAAGAAUGUGCUCCUUUUCUUGUCAUGCGUAGCAACCUUCUUGACAGCCUACACCUCAGGCUCCUACUCUCCGCCCGCCGAACUCAUACAAGCAUCUCUUUCGCCAGUCCCUUCGAGCGUUGAGCCUGUUCUGGCCGGCAUCACCACCUUCUGCGUCGGCUUUGGGUUUGCCCCGAUGAUGCUCGCCCCUCUUUCAGAGAUGAAUGGCCGAUAUCCCGUCUUUGUGUGUGCCGGCAUCGUCUACGUCGUGUUCCAGGGUGUCUGCGGUGUGGUGACUUCGCUCGCAGGCAUGCUGGUUGCCAGAUUCUUGGUUGGAGUGGGGGCAAGCGUUUUCAGCACCAUGGUUGGCGGUGUUAUUGCUGAUAUGUACGCAAACGAGGAACGAAACACGCCGAUGGCCUUGUUUAGUGGAUCUGUCCUUGCCGGUACCGGGCUCGGGCCCAUGGUUUGUGCCGUCAUGGCCGAGCGAUGGGGAGAUGUUGAGAGAUAUCCGAACAUGUGGAAAUGGACUUGGUGGCAUCAGGUGAUCAUGUCUGGGGUGUUGAUGGUGGCUUUUGUGGCGUUCUUCAAGGAAAGCAGGGGAAGCGUGCUGCUGAGCCGGAAAGCCAAGGCGCUGAACAGGUGGUACGAAGAGCUGGAAAAUGAAGGUUACUAUGGGCUCUGCUUUGAAGACGAACAGGGACAGGAGAAGGCGAGCGAGAAUAUGACGAGCUCGGAAGACAGCACAGACGACAGAUAUGACGAAAAGAGAUCGUUCUCGGCCUCAGCCAGCAGACAUGAAAGGGGCCCUUCCAUUAAGCGCGUCAGAUGGGUGGUCAAAGAAGACGAGGAGCGCGCCUCUAUCGGCAAAAUGAUCGCUAUAUCAUCCUCCCGCCCUUUCUACCUCCUCUUCACUGAGCCGGUCAUUUUCUUCUUCUCCGCCUGGGUCGCCUUUGCGUGGGGAGUCCUCUAUUUGACAUUCGGCUCCAUCCCUUAUGUAUUCCAGCAUGUCUACGGCUGGUCUCUCGAGCAAUCGGGGCACGCUUUCACAGCCAUUAUCCUAGGCGCCGUCGUCGGAACCACAAUGAGCAUCUACCAGCAGCGGCUGCUGUCUCAUCCCAAAUGGGUCGACCCUCGCGAAGUGCUGACCUCUACUUCCACGACAACAUCUUCCCUGUCGGACGAAACACCAGCGCCAGCAAAUGGCACAGACAAGAUAUGGUCCAUCCUCCGAACCUACUUCCCCUCUUCCUCUCCCGAAUCCCGCUUGUACUUUUCCUGUCUUACCUCUACACUCCUUCCCAUCGGCCUCUACCUUUUUGGCUUCACCGCCAAGCCAGAAAUUCACUGGAUCUUCCCCGCAAUAGGGAUAUUUCUCUGCACCGUGGGCAUUUUGAGCAUCUACCUCGCAGUGUUCAACUACUUUGCCGACGUCUAUCAUAAAUACGCCUCUUCUGCCCUCGCUGCGCAGUCCCUGUGUCGCAACUUGGUUGGUGGCGCCUUCCCUCUGGUGACGAGGCUGAUGUACAGGAAUCUGGGAGAGGCCAAAGCAGGGGCGGUCUUGGGGAGUAUUGCGGUUGUACUAUCGGUUGUGCCUUGGGUGUUGGUUUGGAAGGGGGAGGAGAUUAGGGGGAGGAGUGUUUUUGCUUUUGUCGCUUGA